AUGGAUAAAGGGCAUCACCGUCAGGAGCUGCGAAGAAACAGAAGAGAGAUAGCACUGUGCAAUAAUACAAUCGGCGCGCUGACCAAUUUUGCGUGCACCUUGCAGCAGAAACAGCAAGUACUCAUUGAUAAUCCCCGAAUUGACAUUUCCGAAAAUUUCUGUCAAGACCCGCGGGUAUCUGUGUCAACUUGGGUGCAACUACACCCAAGCACUCAUCCGCUGAAGGCAGUAUCAGUGAUCAAGAAUCAUAUACACUAUCUGCUUCUGCCGCACCCGUGUCGCGCAACCAAUCGAGCUGCGGCAUCGGCAACAACCGCCCGUCAACCAUGGGAGGACCUCUGGAUUAAAUAUACUCCAGCUGGAAACCUUACAGUAGUCAGUAACAUGCUAUCAGACUGCAGGAGUUCACACGCCAGCUCCAUCAUUAAUUUAUCUAAGAUUGAGAUCUCAGAUUCGAACAGCUGCACGUGUGUGACCAGCAUCGCCUUCAAGCGAAAAACUUACAGGGACAACACAUCCCUGUCUGUAGACUCUAAGCCUCGCAUUAUAAUAAUCUUAGAAUAG